AUCAUCAGUGGUCUGCACUACCUGCAUGGAAAGAAAAUCCUCCAUCGAGAUAUCAAGCCAGAAAAUAUCCUUUUCAAGGAUAUCUUCACAAAUCCCAUCUUCAGUCUGGCCGACUUUGGCCUCUCCAAAGAGAUAGAUACGAAGGCCACGUUCGUUGGAUCUCCACUCUACUGGGCACCUGAGGUAUGUUCUGGCGCCCCGCAAGACUUCCGAGUCGACAUCUGGUCGCUGGGUGUUGUUAUAUAUGAAAUGUUAACUGGU